UCUGAAAGUAUGCACAAGAAAAACAUGAAGAAAGAAGGCGAUCUUGUACGAGAAGAUGCCCCAAAACCCACCAUUGGAAAACCCUCACCGGGAGAUCUAAGUUCUGACUCGUACAUCCUUUACUUCAAGGGUUUGAGAAACUGGCAGUGGCAGAUACCAACGGGUUUAACAUUGGCUGGAUUUGGGGUUGCAAUUAGCAGAGAAGACGAUGAUAAUAUCUUGUUUCAGAUGAACGGCCUACUUGAUGACUCAGACGUUUCAAUUUGGGAGGUUGAGUUUAUGGCAUUGAAGCUAGGACUAAACAAAGCCCUAAGUUUGGGGAUCAAUCAUAUCUCAUUUUACUGCGAUGACCAUGAUAUUUUCGAAUCGGUCAUGGGGAGAUUGGCUCCUACGAGUGAGAAAAUCGCCUUAUUAAUGGAUGAUGUGCAAAGCAUCAGACAAAAAUUUACAACGAGCAUCCCUGUUCUUGUGACUAGAACUCGGACUAAGUUUGUCUUUGAUCUCGCAAUGGAAACACUACCAAAGCCUCUUUUUGGUAGAGCUGGUAAUAUGUUUUCCGUUGCUUGCUCUCAUCGGUUCAGUGUGGAGUACAUGAAAGAACAAAUAGAACUGGCGCUAAACCAGGGAGAUCUACCUAGGUGUCCUCAUCCUGGCUGCAAAUCAAACCUGACUCUUCGAAGUUGUGCCCAUCUUUUGACACCUAAACUAAAAGAGAUGUGGGAACAAAGGGUCAAUGAGGACUCAAUCCCUGUAUGUGACAGAUUCCAUUGCCCUAAUCCAAGUUGCUGGGGUUUGAUGUCCAAGACCGAGCUCCUUGAAUCUAGUGAAGAUGGAGUUAGGAGAAGCUGCUAUAAAUGCCGCAAACCCUUUUGCAUUAACUGCAAAGUUAUGUGGCAUAGUAACUUGUCGUGCGCGGAGUACAAGAGGUCUGGUGGAAAGCCUAGUACAACAUUGUGGCGUCAAUGUAGAAGUUGCCAACACAUGAACAAAUUAUUUGACGGACGCAUCACUGUAACUUGCAGGUGUGGCUAUAGGUUUUGUUACAAAUGUGGAUCUCAAUGGAAGUUUGGAGGUUGCUUUCAUCAUCGCCAAUUUCUGAUGAUGGUGGUGUUUGCUUUAGUCUUCUUUUUUAUUCUUUUUUAUGUUUAGCAAUUUUUAAGCACACGCCAAGUAGGUGAUCAUAAUCUUGGCACGUAGCUAGGGCCUAAGACCAU